AUGGCUCUGAUUACAGGUGGCUUGGGAGGGCUGGGCAUGCUCGCAGCGAACGAGCUUGCCAUAGCUGGGAAGGACCAUGUGGUGGCGACAUCGAGGAGUGGGCGCCCCACAGGCAUGCCACCUGCGCUGCAGCAGUUGAUGGCAGCAAUGCAAACUACAUGUCCGCACUACAUGGUGAAGGCUGACUGUUCGGAUGGUUCUGUCAUUCUGGACACCAUUCAAGCUUUCUGCCGUCCAGGUCUCCUGGCAGAGUCUGCGGUAACAUUGGGCAGCAUCAUCACUGCAACCCGCUCUCAGCUCGAGACCAUGCCCGAUGAAUUGGUAAGGCCUUCCCUUGAAACCUUGGAGCGCAUCAAGAAGGAGAUUAUCGACACUUCGAAGGAGGCGAGUGAAAAGGUCCAAUUCGGUGCCGAUGUGACGGUGGAAGAUGCGCAAGAAGUGCGAGAUCGAGAGGAUGAAGUGGUUGACCUCAUCUCCAAGCUCAAAGCAAGGGUGGACGGCGGAGGAAGUGGACCUGCACAGCUUCGUGCCAUCCAGAAGACUGGAAGCGAAUUGGCGGAGCAGGUGCAAGAGCUGGGGGUCCGGAUCAAGAACAUCACGACGACAACAACUUUGGCUCUCCCGCAGAGACGAAUGGGUGUCGAGAGCAUCAUCCACGCAGCUGGAGUUUUGCAGGAUGGACUGAUCGUCCCAAAUCUGCAGAAGGCUCCGGAGAUGUGGAGCAUCGUGUACGGCGUCAAGGCUCAUGGCGCCUGGCAGCUGCAUCAGACGACAACUGCACUCUGA